UAUCCUAAGUGCAAGAUACUAAAGUUAACGUGAUGCAGUUAUAAAUGUAUCCUCAAAAGUGCUCACAGUGCUAAUCAGUGUGUGAAAUCGUGCAGAAGAUUUGUUAAAUCAUCAACCUCGUCGGCUCUGUACCAUGUCGGAUUGACGAUAACGAGACAAAUAGCAAAUACUGACUGUCAAAAAUUACUCCCCAUCUCAUCCCCUAUUUGAACUUCUUCAACGAAUGUGUUUGGAUAUCUUCCCCCAAAAAAGUAAAUCUUCUUCCAUCAUCUUUACCGUACGUGUGCGUGUGUGUGUGUGUGCAUAUACCAUCAAACUAUAUGAUCGGCUGAAAAGGUGCUAACGGACAUCGUAACGCGUCACCGACUGUAACUAGGGAGCAGUUGAGCCAGUCAAUUCCGUACAUGAGUGGAUCAGUUGCAGAUUUAGAAGUGAGCCAAGUGUGUUUGUGCGAUUAUUAACGAAUCAUCUGCACGGCAACGAACAGAGGUAAGCGCACACUCUUCUUGGGAAUGUAUUUGUUUCCUGCGAUGAGCUCAUUGUUUAGCGAUUUCCGGCCAUGAAGCGAAAAAAAAAGAGCGAUAAAGUUCAACGGAACAAACGGUUAGGAUAAUUUAAAACAGCUCCAAACACUGAUAAAGCGAUUAGACAAGCGCGCGCUUUGCAUAAUGUAUGAUCAAAAGACUUCAACGAUAAGCGACGAACCUGUGUUUGCAAUGUUUUUCUUCGCUAAACUGGUGGGUUCGUAUUUCUUUUCGUAUCGGUAUCGAUUAACAUUCAACUAGAGGGAUGAGCUUCUUUCACUCAUUUCUCCACUGUUGUCGUGUGUUGCCGAAGUAUAUCAUAAUUUCGUUUUUUUGCAAGUCUACAUGCUAUAAACAUUGACCUGCUUCCGUUCGGUGUGGCUUUGAGCCGGAUCAACUAAAAACAAGCUAACGCUUGAUAGGCGAGGAUUCUUCAAACAGGUUAUAUAACCUUUCGUCGAACAGUUUGUCUAAAAUUCCAUUGAGUUCGGACGAAAUGCCAGAUUGUGGAGCCAUAUAGAUAUAUAUAAUUUUUUGCUACUGCCUCAACCAUUCGAACACAAAUUAUAAUCGUCCAUAUGAUGGGGGUUUUUUUCCUCUCCGCUACGGUGGUCGUUCAGAUGUUGAUUAUGAAUGUGAGAAAGAAGUGGGACAAUAUCGAUUAAUUACCAUACCUUUCGUGGCAAACAAUUCGCCGAAUAUGUUAAAUUUAGCACACAGCGCAAGUACGCGACACAUGCGUACAUACCGGACAGGUAGAUAGAGAGAAAGAAAGAGUUAGAAAGACAAUAAGUGUAUUUGCCGCCCUCUUCUCUCUUUCUCUCGCUUCCUUCCUUCCAUCCUUCGUUUCAUUUUUUUGGUUUAAGCUGCUUUAAGCCGUUUGUACCAUCAUAUCAUCUGGGUUCUCCUGUUCCUAUGGCCAAAAAUCCAUCGUCCGCUAGUACCGUGUCCUGGGAGCGCAAAACGACUCGACUCGCUAGCCCUCUUAAUCAUGUCGAUGUGAGAUAUUUCGACGCUUCGUCGACAAAACAAAGCCAAAACCACUCGACUAGCGGCUGAAGGUGAUGAUGGUGGUAUUAGUAGUAGUUGACGUGAUUGGACCGAAUGGCAGUUUGCUCACCACCAGUUUUUGGGGGUUUGAAUUGAAUUUAACUUAUUCACGUACCCUCUAACCUUCACGAAAUUAAACGCACUGAGAAGAUCUUGUUUGAAAGUCUCAACGCUUCGUACACAUUCGAGUACAAAUACACCCCACUCCCCCCUUCCGCUUUCGUCCCCGUCCCCAGUGGUGAUACUUAAUCCUCAGAGAAGAAAAAAUCGUUUCAUCUCCGUACAAAAAAGCGGAGAUUUGAAGUUGUAUGGGACGGGACCAUAGCGUCGGACGAAACCUGCGCAUGGUAUUGAAUAAAUUCGAUAAAGAUAAUAACAGAAACUACACAAGCCUCAACCAGCAAGACCAACAGCAGCAAUAAGACCAGCAACGGCAGCAUCAUCAUCACUCAUAACUGACCGGUACAUGAUGACGAUUGUUCAUAAUUGUUCCUCCCGACCAUACUCAUCACAACAGCAGUGAUGUGGCUAGAGGGGCUCUGGCGGUGGUAGGGUUUGGUAUGGUACUUGCGUUUGUGUUGUUACUCGAUGCUCUUAAAACUUGCGCCCUAGCACCGGUCCCUUGCCAUCCGCCCAGCCUCCUCAUCCACACGGGGUGUAAAUCUGCUCCGUAAGGGAAAAAAAGAGCUGUACGUAGAAACGACCCCCGAUCUUAGGCGUUUAUCUCAACCCCAUGUGCCCGAGUACGUACGCCCCGAUCCGGUGUAUGUGUGGCUGAAUGAGAAAACAACCCCCAAAAAAGUGCCUCCCGAUCUGCUAUUGAACUGAAAUGCUUCAAUAUCUUGCUGGUUUCGGAGCUACGAUCGUCAUCUUCCUAUCUCGGUCUUACGAACUUCGCAGCUAACACCUUGCCCACACUGUCAAUUCCGACAUACACACACACACACGCACAAGGGGUUUGUGUGUAUUUCUACCUGUCCUCGUGGUUUCUUCUUCGCUCCAUUGCUAACCAUACGAGGGGUGGGGUAGUGUUUUGAAGAGGCUGAAGGUUUUUAAGCGCGCGUAAGUUUAUUUAAAAAUAGGAGAAUAAAGGAGGUAAUAAUUAGAUAUUCGAUUGUACCUUCUCUGCACUUACCCUAGUGCCCUGUGCUACCUGCUCUUCCUUCCAUAUAUGCUAAAAGGUAUUGGGAAGGAAAGAAAGAGGCAAACUUCGCUUUUCUCUUCUCGUCUCGUUGUACCCUAAUUUGAUCGUACGCUGCUUUGACGCACAGACUCUGAUUUAAAAGAUCGUUAUGUUAAGGAGUAUGAUUAUUAUUACAACACCCACUAAGUGACACACAUGUGUUCCCGGUGCGUGAAAGUAGCAAGUGAAAAACGAACCCUAGUUUCGGAACAGUUCUAGCAGCUCGUCUCGGCAGAAGAAGCACAUCAGGGUGAGUUCCAGCAUCGUUUGACCCUUUCGCUGACCGUUAGAUGAUGGACAGGUGAUAAGAACGUGCCGUUGAUUAGGAGUUAGGUGAAAGGGUGAAAGAAGUGUUGCAAGUGUAGUGUACUGUAGGAAACGAUUACGAUCGAAUCUAAUUAUGUAUGUUUCCUCUCUGCUUUGUACGAGUUUCGACUCCGAGUAGGGCCGGGAACGUGUGCAAUUCCAAACAUUCCGCCAAGGAGAAUGCUUGCCACCAGCUACAUACAGCACUUUUCGUUCGGUAUUUUUUAUGCCGACCCUAGCUUCCUUAUUCUUUUUUUUUGAGGAAGAUUGUUACGAUUUUCAUCUCAAAAUAGACGGAAGGAAGUAAUUUGUAGAGAAUUUUAUUGUACACUAAUUUUUAUUCAGUUUUGUAUACGGACAUAAUGAAAUGUGGGCAAAUGAAAAUCAACGGCUCGCGUUCAUUUCGUCAGAAUCUGGCCGGUGGUCGAAUGCUUUAACAUAAAAGGUGCUUCAUUUGAGUGAAGUUCUAACCGAGUUUAUUCGUUCAUAGAUCAUGUCACUAAUUGUUCGUUUCGCUUCCUUUUUGCUUAUUUUCAGGUGUAAUCAAAUACGGAACCGAUCAAGUAAACCAACCUCCAACAUGCUUCAAAGCAGUCUCGGACAGGCGCAGCGCUUUAAGAAGCGUGAACGCACACAGAACUGGGCGUACGAGGAGAAACAUUUUCUGCUCGAACUUUGCCGCAAGGAUAUGCACAUCAUCGAGAACAAGCGGCUCGACAGUGCACUGACGACGCUGAAAAACCGUGCGUGGAAGAUCAUCCAUCAGCAGUUUGCGAUCGCAUUCGGUACCGAUCGGAACUGUAACCGGCUGAAGGAACAAUGGCGCCGGAUGAAGGCAUGUACGCGGGCAGAGAUGCUCGAUUACCAGCAGCGGAUACAGCGGUUCGGCCAGGAGGUGGCCGAUCGCAAGAAGCCGAGCCAGUUCACGUUCGAGAUCUGGGAGUUUAUGCAGGAGGCGAAAAAGGUGUGCAAGAACGAACUGAUGGACGACGUUGACUACUCCAAGAUGAAGCUAUCGCUCGAAGAAAACCUUCCGCAGGGUGUGUCGAUUAAGGACUGCAGCGAUGAGAACGAUGACGAGAGCUCCUCGAUGUGGGAUAAGAAUUCACAAAACAUUUGUGAGGUUCAGAUAAAGGAAGACUCGCACGACGAGCUGGAUGAGUACGAUAAGGGACCGGCGGCAAAGUAUCCCCGGUUAAGAGGACUCUCGAGCACGUCUUCACCGUUCGGGACGGGUUCGUCCGCUGCGGAUGCGGCCCAUAGUCGAUUUAGCGAGCUGCUAGCGUCCAGUUUUGCGAGCCGGCUGGCCAACAGUGAUCAUCACCAUCUCAGCAGUACCGGUGGAUCCGGAAGCAAUCAUAAUAAUAACAACAAUAACAACAACAACACCGCUAGCGGGAAUAAGCUGCUCGAAAGCCUUGAUGCCUUUAACCGGACAGCGUUCGGGAGUGAAUCGAGUCUAGCCGACAUGACCGCACACGGAGGUCCUGCAAAUGCAAAUCUCUCCCAAAUGGAUCUAAGCAACACCCUCGAGGCGCUGAACCUGCUUAAGAAUCGUUUCAACCGUAUGAGCGAACUAGGCCAUUGGAAAAAUGCAUUCCAAGAGGCACACAACCUCAGCACGGCAAAUCAUCAUCAGCCGCCGGAUUCACCGACCGGAGUAGGGCACAGUGCUGCGGCCAACCACAUACUACAAGGUCUCGCCAACGGAGGUAACGGUGCACUGCUGCACGACGACGACCACGAUGGAGGAAUUGUACAGCCAAGGCCCGGAUCACCGCCGCUGGCCGGUAGAAGCACGAGCGUAGGUCUCAAGAAGUUGCUCGAGUCGCAGCAUCAGAGUGAACACGAGUUGCGCAUGCAGAUUCUGAAAACCGAACUAGAAACAGCUAAAUUGAACAAAGAAACGGCCGAACUGAACCGACAGCUUGCACUACAAAAGCUCCGAAGGGGCGACAGCACCAGUACGAGUGUUGGCGACGUUGCCAAUCAUUCCGACCGAAGAGAUGAAGACGAUGCGGACGUGAUGGACGAUAACACCUCGAACUCGACUGUGCCCGAGGGAAGAUUGGUUGUCCGAUCGUUAUCAUCUCUGGAAGCACCAGCCGUCCCUUUGCCACUGUCCGUUCCGUCCCCACCUUCGUUAUCCUUAAAAGUAUCCAAAAGCGAGUAGAGUGUGGAUUAGUAAAAGUGACACCGAUCAGAGCCACCAAAGGCCAAUUACGUAAUUCUGUUAGAAUCUUAGGACUUCCAAUGCCCGGCAUUGAGCGAUAAUAGACGACCUAGCUUGGGAAUUGUUGUGUAGAAUAAAAGUAGUCGUACAACAGUACAUCGGUUUAGACGAAAACGUACCACAGACUGUCUGUGUGGCUUUGUCUUUUGCUCCUGGAUAGUCAUUCUUGUGUACGAGAGGACACAGUUCAGUAGGGUCAAGUAGGGUUCACUAGUGACCAGGCGGGUUGUGAAUUGGUGGUGCAUUUACCGACCGACCAAGCGAAUUCGUUAGCUUACCAGAUGAAAAAAAUGAGAGAGAAAGAAAGAGAGAGGGAGAGAGAGAGAGAGAGAUGUGAACAAAGAGUUGUGUGAAACUAAGAAAUAUGGAAGCAAUUGAAUGAGUGUUUAUUAAAGACUGCCGUGGCCUUAUCGACAGCUACGAAGCGAGGUGAAAAAAGAACAUUAAAGUUAAUAUUAGUUGCCAGUUUUAUAAAAAUAAAAUUAGUGAAAUUAAACAUAUUUUAUUCAGACGUAGAGGAUUGUAGCUACAGCAGGUAGAGCUAGUGGUAAUGACAGCAUUGUAGGUCCAACACGUGCAUAUGCACGGGAAAUUAAUUGUGAGUAGUGAAAAUUGGAGAAAUUGGUUCAAAACAAUUUACUAUUGGGCAACACCGAACGAAGAGUAUCGGCAAAGGUCGAAACUAAAAAUGAGAUAAAGAGAAAAUAAUACCAGCGAACGAAUCAUACCGCCAAGCUGUUCGUCGGCGUAAGGCGCUAUGCAUAUGUAAAUGCGGCAACCCACCUGCAUGUUUUGGGGAGUUGGGAGGGGGUGGGAAGGGGUAGCGGUAUUGGUCUGUUGGUUUUAUCACGGUAUCGAUGAUUUUUUUUUCCACCCAAGUGCUACUAUUACUUGGCCAUUUUUUCAUAGUUGUUGUUUUGCGGCUGUCCAAAAUUGCAACCCAGAUUUAGUGUGUAAUUAUGUUUGCCCCACCCUGGUGUGUUGUGGCUGCGAUUUAAUUGCGGGGAAAGCGGCACCCAUCAGGCAGCAGUUUAAUGGUGCGGUGUAAUUUUGAGGCAUUUUGCACAAAUGGUUGGUACAUUUAUGGGGUCAGAUGAUGCGCACCUACCAGAUAGCUAAGGAGCUGGAGGAGUUUUUGGGGGUUGUUGGCUAGUAGUUGGAUAGGUUCGUUCGAUUUUUGUAGGUUUGUAGGUACCGAUGAGUACGCGUGGAGUUGACUCUGUCUACAUCAGUUGGGUGUUGACGUCGCGAUA